AUGUCUACUCCUGAGCCACGCCACGACUCUGCCCUCACGCGCCAGAGGUCGAGGGUCUCUGAUGACAUGGCUGCCGAUGGUCCCGACGGCGACGAUGGCCCGACAAAGGGUGGUCACAGUCUCCGUCGCAGGGCUCGCGUGAAUUACGCUACUGAGCUGAUUGAUGACGAUGUCACUGUCCCUUCAUCUACUUUGGCAGCGCGCCAGAAGAGACGCAGGCAAGAAGAUGCCCUCCUGGACUCUCCCGAUGAUUCUCAUCAUCCCAAGGCACGUGGUUCAUCUCUUGGGGUGGAUACUCCCAGCGGCCGCAGGCGCAAUCCGUCACGUCGUCUCACCGAGAACUCGAAGCCUGAUUAUUUUGACGGCGUCGAUGGUGACUUCGGCCAGCAUCAUGAUUCGGACGAGGAGAUUCACGACACUAUCCAGGUCGGCCCCUGGACGUCGGCUUCGCCAAGCUCGUCGUCAAAGAGCGGCUCGAGGAAUGGGAGCAUCUCCCAUCCUUCCGCUUCGUCACCGCUCCAAAAUGCGUCCCGCCAUGUAUUGGAUGCUAAAAAGGCGAUUGCUGCUACCACGGACGCUGAUGCUGGGCCCAAGGCUGGGCCUGAGGCUUCCAUCGCCAAUGGCGACAACACUCACAAAACGUCAACUACCAGACCCAAGAAUGAUCAGCCGGGAGAACAAUCCACGGACCCCAGCAGACAACUCCAACAUGAAUCAAAAGAGUCUCAACAGCCUGCCGUCUCUACGAGCACGCCGCCUGCUGCUGACGCCCCUGCUGAUUCUUCUUCCUUGGUCCGUCGCUCCCCGGACGGCGGGUCUAGGGCCCCACCGACGCCUCCCACCAAUCAGGACGGCAAAGACACGCCGCACACUCAUUCGCCAGACCCCAUCCACAACGGCCACAAGGACUCUUCAGCUGUUGCUGCUACUAACACUACGAGUCUCACUACCUCCUCCGACAACUUGCCUGGUGUGAAAUCAGAGCACCGCAGCCUGUCCAUGCCUUCUGCCGUAGAGCCCAAGCCUAGUUCUACUGAUGCCGCUGAGGAGGGAGAGCCCCCCAAGCAUCCUUCCGCUCAAUUGACAGCCUUGGAGAAGAAUUCUGUGGACCCGUCUGCUGAGUCCCCUGCCGCCCAGGAUGCUUCUCUCACUGCCGAGACUCAGACGAACGAUGAGCCAGACGACCACAAGGGCUCCUCGUCACCCAGAGACACUUCCAUGGCAGAUACGCCAGCCUCGUCCCCCGCAAAGGAUUGCCAGAGCACGCCCGUCGAGUCGCCCACUCCUGCAGCAGACGCCCCCAAUGAGGUCGAGCCCUCCAAGCUGGCCAGUGAGCCUGCGGUGGGAACUCCCCUCAAGGAAGAAGUUGCCGUCACGCGCAGCGAACCUGUUUCGGAUCCCCGUUGGUCAAGGCCUCAACCCGUCCCCCAGGGCCGCUGGUCGCAUCUCACUCCCUACAUUGACGGUGAAUACACCGUGUACCCUGAAAGGAAGACGGAUGAAGACGAUGCCAGUGAGGAUCAGUCGCCCGAGGAGCAGGAAUCCGGCAAGGAAGCCACCGAUGCCGAUGCUCCCGCCGACGAUAACGACGAUGGCGUGGACGCGCCCGUCACCGAGGCUCCCACGCCAGCUCUGAACACGCCCACCAGGGGAUCGCCCGUUCCCGAGGCGGUCGAGACGGUCCUCAACUCGCCCGCCCCUGCAGGCGAGGAGCCGGAAGAGGCCGACGUGUCCGAUGCUCAGGAUGACAUGGAGAGGAAAAAGUACUAUCGGUACCGCAAGCUACGCGAUCCUGACGAGUUUGUCACGGCCAUCGAGAAUUACGAGGACAUGACUACCAGCGAGCUGUACGACGCCUUGCAGGCCAUCAACCUCUCGCUCGUCGGCUGGCAGGAUGAGUGGAUCGAGCUCGGCAAGAUUGUCGACGACUACGAGAACGCAACGCGUCGCCGCAUCGCCGAUGCCAAGUACGAGACGCGCACGCGCAACCUGCACCAGCACGGCAUCAACUACGAAGAACCCGACUUUGUCGUCCGCGGCUACAAGGCCAAGGAGAGAGAGCCCAUGAGCGAGACGCGCUACCUUCAGAGGCAGGACCGCAUCAUGGCUGCCACCUACGGCUUCGAGUAUGACCCACACCCGUCCAAGAUUGGCCGCCAGAACCCAGAGAUGCAGCAGGCCGGUGUCACGACGCGUGGCCGUGCCCUGCGGAACCAGCCCAGGCAGACUGUCAAGGCCACCGAGUCCGACCCCAACGUCGUGGGCAAGAGGCAGAGGAAGCCCGUCCAACCGUACGACAUGGCCGCGACCCACGACAACAGCCGCGCCUCGAGUCCCGUCGGCCGCGGUGCCCGACGACGGAAGACGGCCAACCAGGACAGCACCAAUAACGACGAUGUUCAGGCCAGCUUCGCGUCGAGCUUCAACGACAACCACUCGGACGGCGAAGCCACAGGGCCGGGUCGUCGCCGGAGAGCUGGUAGGCCCAGGGCGUCUCGCGGCACCGGUGACGACUACCUUCCCAGCAGCAAUCAGGCGAACGCCCAAGAGGAGACUCCCAGAAGCUCCGGCCGUCGCGGCAGACCCCGGGCCUCGGCCAAGUACGAUGACCAAUGGUCCUCCAGCCUGGACGCGGAGCCCAAGCAGCAGCAGCAGCAGCAGCAGCAGCAGCAGCAGGGCCGCCAUCUCCUCACGCUCAAGCUCCCCAAGGGCCAAAAGUUCAGUCAACCCUCGUCCAUCACGGACAACGGGGACUCGCGCCCGUCUACGGCGUCAUCUGACUCGACGACCGAGACUGUCGAGUCGUCGUACUCGCUCCGGCCCAAGCGCCAGAAGCGCUUCCGCGACGAACCCGAGGAUUCACCAGCCCCUGCCGUCCAACCUCCCCCUCGGAAGAGGAACAGGCGAGCUGGACCUGCGGCCGGGGACGGCGACGAGGUCAUGAAGACGGGAGCACCGACGCCGGCUACGGCCACUCCCAAGGCAGCCGCCACCGCCGCCGCCACCACCACCACCACCGCCACGUCCGCCACGGCCACGACUACUCCCACGGCUGCGACGCAGAAGUCGGGUGGUGCUGGCAGCGCCUCCGCGUCUUCUCGCAAAGGCCACAAGAUCAAGAUUAUGCGUGCGUCGGCCGGACCUCCCGCCCCUCAGGAGCCUAGCCGCAACAAUACGCCCUCGUCACAGCUUGCUCCUGAGGGCGGAGAUGAGCCCACCAAGGACUAUAAGGCCAUGACUAAGUCGGAGAAGAUGUCGGCGUCCAUGAAGAACCGCUGGGCAAACGGCAACAUGGCAGGCGCCGUGGAGAAGCGCAAGGCCACUCUCGCGGCCAAGAAGGCAGCCCAGGUAGCUGCCGACCAGAGAGUCGGCCCCAUCGCCCCCAAACCAAAGGCCAAGCAGGCCAAGAAGGAAACGGCGCCUCUGCCGGGGGAGAACCCGGCUUUCAUCCACUCCCAUCACCACCAGGCACCUCCUCUCCACCCUCAGCCCGGACCUGGCGGCCCUCCUCCCGGCGCUCAUCUCCACCACCAGCAGCCUCACCGGCAGCAGCAGGUCCAUCACCAGCAGCCGCACCAGCCUCAUCCUCAUGCCGCUCCUCUACCUCACCAUGCUCCUCUGCACAUGGGGCCUGUUCCUCACCAGCAGCAGCAGCAGCAGCAGCAGCAGCAGCACAUCCAUCAACACCACAUGCACCCUCACCCUCACUACGCCCCCCCCCCUCCUCCCCCUCCUCCUCCUCCUCAUCCUUCUCAGGGUAUGCACGGGCACGGACACCCUCACGCCCAUGCGCACCCUCACCAUAUGGCGCACCAGCAGCAUCCUCAUGCUCAUACGCCGCAGCAUCGCCCUCACACGCACCCUCACCAUGAGUACCCUGGUAUGGGGACGUACCCCACGUCUUGA